AUGUUAGUGCUUCAUUUGUCAGUGAUGAUCAAGCUUUUCUUCCAGUUGGAUGCAUCUAUUUGUCCUGGAAAGUGUGACUGCCCUUCAAAACAUGCAAUUCGCUGCUCUGGCCCCCGCAUAGAAGACCUGGAAGGGCUAAGGCUGCCUCGCAACGCAAUAGAAAUUCACAUCACUGGCACUAACCUAACGCGCUUGCAGGAUGCUUUUUCCGGCAUGGUGGAACUGCAGCAUCUCGUCUUGUCUUCCAACAGCAUCUCUGUGGUUUCACCAAUGGCUUUCAAAGGCUUGAGAAGCCUCAGAGCCCUCAAACUGCUAGAUAACCAGCUGGUUGAACUUCCCCCAGAAGUGUUCAGUGACGUGGUACAGCUUCAGCAGCUGAUGGUUGAAAAGAACAAGUUGAAAUCCAUCGAAGAGAAUCUGUUUGGCAAGCUGGCCAGUUUGGAGGAGCUUUUCUUGAACAAAAACCAGCUGACAGCACUUCCCAGUGGCGUGCUGAAGAAGCUUGCCAAGCUCAAGUUACUGAACUUGUCAAGAAACUCUUUGGCAGCACUGCCUAGGGAUGUAUUCAGUGCCUUAAGUAGGCUUCAGAAGCUGAUGCUGUAUUUUAACAGGCUGCCUUCAAUAGAGGCUGGUGUGUUUGAUAACCUGAAGGAGCUGCAGGAGCUCUUUCUGCAUUGCAAUAACAUCCAGUCCAUUGCCCUCGACGCGUUUCAUUGCCUUCAUAAACUGAGAGUCCUAACACUCUCCAGAAACAAGCUGGAGGCUUUGCCUCCUGGGCUCUUUCUGCACUUGCAUGAGCUGUCUAAACUGACCUUGUACAAGAACCCUUUGAAGUCUCUUCCAGGAGUGUUGUUUGGAGAAAUGAGGCAUCUGGGUAGCCUGUGGUUGUAUCACACCAAGCUCUCAACAGUACCAGAUUUUGUGUUCAGUAACUUGACAAACUUAGAGCUGCUCGUGCUGAGCUUCAAUCCAGAGCUUAGUGUUCUCCCUAGGAACGUGUUCAGUGGCCUGGCUGCGCUGCGAGGCCUCUCUCUGCACACUAACAAUAUUUCCAGUUUGCCAGAGGGCAUCUUCCUGAGCCUGCAGAAGCUGCAGAACGUCUCCCUUUUUGAUAAGAGGCUUGAGCUAGUUCCUAGAAACCUCUUUCAUAACCUCAAGCACCUUCAGAGAGUUUACCUGAAUAGCAGUAAGCUGCAGUCUCUUCCCGGAGACUUCUUCACUGGUUUACCUGAGCUGCAAGAAGUCUUCCUUGAUGGCAACCCCUGGAAGUGUGAUUGCCAAAUCCUUGGCUUCCAAGAGUGGAUCCAGAAGAGCAUGGAGCUAGUUAACAACGUGCUGUCUCUGGUGUGCCACAGCCCGCUGGCACUGCGCAGCGUUCCUCUGGCGGCUCUAACAGUUGAUCACCUGAAGUGCCAGCCAGCCGCAGCCCUUACGUACCAGACCUUCAGCUCAACUUACUCCCAGACUUCAGCUUCUCUCGUGAGGGAGCAGUUCUCACCUGGGGAGAAUGCUGUGGCAGCCGUGUCGGGUGUGGAUGCCAGCACACCCGCGGCGGUCCCUCUCGUGACUCCAGGUUUUGGCUACUUGCCCAUCGGAGCAGUUGGACAGCCUAGGUUUCAUUUCUCAGGUGUUCCAACUCGAGCUUCUCCCAGUGUCAUAGUGCAAGCCAACAGAGUCAGUGGGACAGGGUUAACAACCCCACCCUGGUGGGGUGAGUUGCCAGCCCAGAGGGGUGCUAAACCUUGUUUUAGUACCAGAGUCGCUUACUGCCAGCUGCUGUUGUGCCUUCACAGUCUGAUUUUAGCACUCCAGGCUGCAGCCAUUGUGCUGAGUCUGUAUGUGAUGGGUAAAGCCAGGCAGCUCUUGCACUCCAGAAAUACUCCUCUUCAACCUGUAGUUCUGAUCCAAUUUGUAAGAAGAUGA